GGAGGAGACACAUCAAAUGUCCCCUCACUUAGUCCCAUAUUUUGGGCCCUUAAGGCAUUUUUCAUUUUCUAAUCCUAAAACUAUUGUUUUUAGGAAAUGUGCGCCUAUAUCCUACCUAAUCCAAACCACCUACGUACUUAAAAAAUAUAUAUCUCUAAAGCAUUUGUCCACUGAAACAUAUAACUCAUCCAACCAAAAAUUUUGAACAAAGCCCACCCCCAUCUUCUACGGCUACCACCUUUUUCAACCCCUCACCCCCUACAUUUGAUCCUCCUUCCUGCUCCCCACAUCACCAUGACAACACCUCCAACAAAUCUAUAAACGCCGACCAAACUUCUCCACCCCCAAAAAAACAACACAAAAUGGGAUCGGAGCACGAAUACGACGACGUCCCCCUGACGAAUUCAAGAGACCCGGACCUCGAAAGCAACAGAAUCCAUCAAUCGGGUUCAGAUCCGUCUGCAUUCUCAAUAGGAAGACCACCACGGCCACCAAGGGGUAGCUCCUCCCGCAGCUUCGCGAGGAUACUGACAUCAGGGUCAUCGAAGACGUCGGUGAAGGCGAGGAUGAAGAGGACGGUUUCGAGCGCGCAAGGCGGUAUCCAAGGGCUGAGGUUCCUCGACAAGGCUGGAGGGAGGGAAGGAGAUGGGUGGAGAGCCGUGGAGAAGAGGUUCGAUCAGUGCGCGAUUGAAGGGAGGCUUCAAAAGGAUGACUUCGGCCAUUGCAUCGGUAUGGCGGAGUCAAAGGAGUUUGCAGCAGAGCUCUUUGAGGCACUGGCAAGGCGACGGGGACUGGCAUCAGAUUAUGAUAUAACAAAAGAAGAGCUGAAGGAGUUUUGGGAAGAAAUGACAGACCAAAACUUUGAUUCUCGGCUUCAAAUAUUCUUUGACAUGUGUGACAAGAAUGGUGAUGGUAUUCUUAGCGAAGAUGAAGUCAAACAGGUGAUCAUUCUGAGUGCCUCAGCAAACAAGCUUGGGAAGCUGAAGGGCAAUGCAGCAACCUACGCGUCCCUCAUUAUGGAGGAGCUUGACCCGGAUAAUAAAGGCUAUAUUGAGCUCUGGCAACUAGAGAGCUUGCUUCAAGGGAUGGUGCGCUCUGAGGGAAAUGAAAAGAAAGCAACAACUCAUGCAACGAGUCUCGCAAAAACUAUGAUACCAAAGAAAUACAGAAACCCAAUCAGCAGAUUUACCGCCAAGGCUUCAGAUUUGAUUCUAGAGAACUGGAAGAGAAUAUGGUUUCUUGCUCUAUGGUCGGUAUUGAAUAUAUCUCUAUUUGUAUGGAAAUUUAAUCAGUACAAGAGGAGAUCGGCAUUUGAAGUGAUGGGUUAUUGUGUAUGCAUAGCAAAGGGAGCCGCAGAGACCCUGAAACUAAACAUGGCACUUGUACUCCUUCCUGUUUGCCGAAAUACACUAACAAGUCUCAGAUCAACUGCUCUCGGCUCAUUCAUCCCGUUUGAUGACAACAUCAACUUCCAUAAGGUUAUUGCGGCGGGAAUAACCGGUGCUGCUCUCGUUCACACAGCUUCUCACAUAGCGUGCGAUUUCCCUAGAUUAAUUUCAUGCCCAGAAACCAAAUUCAUGAAUGCACUAGGGCCCAACUUCCACCACAAACAGCCAACAUGGCCAUUUCUUUUGUCCAGCACCGCUGGGUUUACAGGCAUUAUUAUGAUUAUCAUAAUGGCCUUUUGCUUCACACUAGCAACGCAUUCCUUCAGGAGGAAUGUCAUCAAGUUGCCAUCACCCCUGCACCACUUAGCUGGGUUCAAUGCAUUUUGGUAUGCUCACCACUUGCUAAUACUCGUUUAUGUGCUCCUGGUUUGCCAUGGCUACUUCAUAUUUCUCACCAGAGAAUGGUACAAGAAGACGACAUGGAUGUACCUUGCAGUUCCGGUAACCUUCUAUGCCUGCGAGAGACUGACUAGAAAAGUACGAGAGAAUAGUUAUCAUGCGACCGUCAUUAAGGCAUCAAUAUAUCCAGGUAAUGUCCUUUCGAUACAAAUGAAAAAACCAUCAGGUUUCAAGUAUAGAAGUGGGAUGUACCUUUUUGUCAAAUGCCCAGAUGUAUCCAACUUUGAAUGGCACCCAUUUUCCAUCACUUCAGCACCAGGGGACGACUACUUAAGCGUGCAUAUCAGGACUUUAGGCGACUGGACAACAGCACUUAGAACCUUAUUUGGCAAGGUUUGUCAGUCUCAGGUUACUUCUAAGAAGGCCAAUCUAGUUAGGCUUGAGACCACAGUAAUAGCAGAUGCCAUGCUAGAACAGACAAGAUUUCCAAAAAUCCUGAUUGAUGGGCCUUAUGGUGCACCAGCUCAAAAUUACAAAAAGUAUGACAUUCUGCUACUAAUAGGGCUCGGGAUUGGUGCAACUCCAUUUAUCAGCAUAUUGAAGGAUCUCCUGAACAAUAUAAAGUCCAAUGAACAAGUUAGUGAAAAUAUGCAGGAAGGAAACGGUUUCAAAGGAAAAGGUCCAGGAAGAGCUUACUUCUAUUGGGUGACAAGGGAACAAGGGUCUUUUGAAUGGUUCAAAGGAGUUAUGAAUGACGUUGCAGAAAGUGAUCAUAACAAUGUUAUAGAAAUGCACAACUAUUUGACCAGCGUGUAUGAAGAAGGUGAUGCAAGAUCUGCGCUCAUUGCCAUGGUUCAAUCACUACAGCAUGCCAAAAAUGGGGUUGAUAUAGUCUCAGGAAGCCAGAUUCGGACACACUUUGCAAGACCAAAUUGGCGAAAAGUAUUUAGUCAACUGGCUGAUGCCCACAAAUACUCUCGCAUAGGUGUUUUCUACUGUGGAUCACCUGCUCUCACAAAAACAUUGCGGGAUCUUUCGCUAGAGUUCAGCCAUAAUACAUCCACCCGGUUUCAUUUUCACAAGGAAAACUUUUAAUAUAGUGUUGAGUGACUGUUGAUAAACAG